AUGUGGAUAUCUAUUAAUUUCAUGAUAUUACUGCUUAAUUAUUUGACUAAGGCUGAUGUGAAUAUAAGUUAUGUAAUAAGAAAUUAUCAAAAUCCUUAUAAUUUGGAUAGCAGAUUAAGAAAAUGUGAAGCAUUAAAUGUUUUUGGUGAUCAUUGUGAUCCAUUUUUUCAUUUUGCUGCUUAUACAACAACUGAAAAAUGGGAAAAACGUUCAACGUUGCGUAAAGAAGCUGGACCAUUUGUAAACUCAAAGUAUAUCGAUCACAUUCUCGACACAUAUGAAAUACAGCCAAUAUUUCCGGAUGCCAUAGAAAUUGAACUUGAUAUUCAUGAUAGUGAUAUAGAUGAAGAUCAACGGAUAGCUCUAUUUAGAAGAACAGUUCCACUUGAAACUAAAGGAAAACAUGAAUUUCGGAUGGGUGUCGAUGUCAAAGUUGAAGCCCAUAUUGAGAUAACUUGUACCAAAGAUUAUUAUGGACAGCGUUGUGAGGUAUAUUGUACACCUCUAUAUGAUUUAUGGAAAUGUGAUGAGAAUACCGGUGCUAGAAUAUGCAGUAAACCGUGUUUACAUGGCAAAUGUGUUCUCACAAGUAUUAGUGCAAUAUGUGAAUGUACAUUAAAUUGGCAUGGUGAAUUUUGUCAAACUCCUAUUGAAUCUAAAAUUAUAUCAACUAUUUUAACUCCUGAUAUAAAAACAAUUCAUAUUGCUAAACCAUUACAAAUUAAUCAAUCAAUUAGAAAUCAAACUAGAUAUAUUCAUUUAAAUAAUAAAAUUAAUAAAUUAUCCAUGAUGACAACAACAGCAACAACAACAGCAACAAUGAGAAAGUAUAAUGGAACAAUUCAAGUUGUUCAAUUAAAAUUUGAUAAUGAACACCUUAAUAUUGAUCAAUCUAAUAAUGAUACUUUGUUUACUUUAACAACAAGAAAUACUCAAAUUAAUUUAGAUCAAUCCAAAGUAUCGACAAUUGGUAACAAUUCAGAAAUAAUGAAACAAUCUGAUGGUAACAUGAAUCAUCUAUCUGGUCAAUUUUCUAAUCAUGAAAGACGUAAUUAUAUCAUUUUAGCGUUCAUUAUAAUAGGUUUAUUGAUAUGGCUUAUUAGUGUUCUUAUCAUUGGUUUUGUGUGUUAUCGCCGUCGACACAACCGUAAAGUAUCUGUUCGUAAAAGUGCUUUAUGGACAAAUAUUAAUUAUGAACCAAAUUUAUAUCAAACAAAUUUAUCAUCACCAACAGAACCCUUUAUAAAGCAACAAUAUGAUCAUGAAACUUUACAAAAUAAAAUAAAAUUAAUUACAAAUAAUAAUCAAAUCAAUUAUCCUUCAUUAAAAAAAAUAUCACCAAAAAGUGUUUUAAGAAAUUCAUCAACUUUACCAAAACUUCCAAUCAAUGAACAUCAUCAACGUAGAUCAGUACGUUAUAUACGUACACCAAAUGAAUUAUCUAAAUUACAUUUUAGUACUAUAUCACAUAUACCAAUAUCUAGUCCAUCAUAUUCAAUAGAUACACAACAAACAAAUUUAUCACCAACUGAUAGUUGUCAACCAAUAUGUGAUACAACAUAUGAAGAAUUAACAUGUUGUAUAAAUGAUCAUUUACAUUGGAAACAUAAUAAUUUAUCAAUAGCGCCUAAAUUAACAACUUUUCAAUGA